AUGGCUGCCGCAGCGAAAGCACUCAACCUCAUGUACCGCCUGGCCGUGCCGGUCAGUGCCGGCGCAUUCCUUGCCAGCCAGUCCCUCUUUGAUGUUAAAGGUGGCACCAGAGCAGUCAUCUUCGACAGGUUGUCAGGUGUGAAGGAGGAUGUGAUCAACGAGGGCACCCACUUCCUGAUUCCAUGGCUGCAGAAAAGCAUCAUCUUCGAUGUGCGAACCAAGCCGAGGAAUAUUGCUACCACGACAGGCAGCAAGGAUUUGCAAAUGGUCAGCUUGACGUUGCGUGUGUUGCAUCGGCCAAACGUCAGGGCUCUGCCAAAGAUUUACCAGAACCUUGGCGUCGACUACGACGAGCGUGUUCUCCCUUCUAUCGGUAACGAAGUCCUCAAGGCCAUCGUCGCUCAGUUCGACGCCGCAGAGCUCAUCACCCAGCGAGAGGCGGUCUCGCAGAAGAUCCGAAGCGAGCUCACCCGACGCGCUUCCGAGUUCAACAUUGCUCUCGAGGACGUCUCCAUUACACACAUGACCUUUGGCCGCGAGUUCACCAAGGCUGUCGAGCAGAAGCAAAUUGCCCAGCAGGAUGCAGAGCGAGCUCGCUUCAUUGUCGAAAAGGCCGAGCAGGAGAGACAGGCAAACGUCAUCCGAGCAGAGGGCGAAGCCGAGAGUGCCGAGACCAUUAGCAAAGCCAUUUCCAAGGCAGGCGAUGGCUUGAUUCAGAUCCGAAAGAUUGAGGCCAGCAGGGAGAUUGCUUCUACGCUUUCAUCUAAUCCGAACGUGGCUUACCUGCCAAGCGGAAACUCGGGCAAUGGAGCCCAGUACUUGUUAUCUGUAGGACGUGUUUAG